CAAUUAAGUGGCUAAGCAAGAGGCAAAGAAAACAUUCAAAUUGAAUAAAAACCAAAGUGCCCCUGAAAACGAAAACCUAUCGAAUAAUAUAUCAAAAAUGUCUGAUAUUAUCAACGUUGAGCAUCAUGAAAGCGUCGAGGAGUUCAAGCAGAAUCUGGAAGAAAUGCUGCCCGAUCUGGACGCGAAUAAGGAUGGUUUCAUUGAUCUGCACGAGCUGAAGGAUGCACUCAAUCAGGUGGGCUUCAAGCUGGCCGGCUAUCAGGUGCGCGAAAUGAUUGACGAGUUCAAAAGCAAACAGCGCACAGCGCAUCAGGGCAAACUGAACUUGGAUGAGUUUGAGACACUGUGCCUGGAUCUGAAGUCAAAGGAUGUGGCCAGCACAUUUAAGACGGUUGUAUCAAAAAAGGAGAACCUAGAGACGUUGGGCGGCAUGUCCAGCAUAUCGUCGGAGGGUACCACGCAUUCGGUGCGGCUCGAGGAGCAACUGGCCUUCUCCGAUUGGAUCAAUUCAAAUCUGGGCCAUGAUAAGGACCUGCAGCAUCUGCUGCCCAUUGAUGCCGAGGGCAAGCGUCUAUAUCAAUCGAUCAAAGACGGCAUCUUGCUGUGCAAGAUCAUCAAUCACUCCUGCCCCGAUACCAUCGAUGAGCGCGCCAUUAACAAGAAGAGUCUGACCGUCUAUCGCGAGUUCGAGAAUUUGACGCUAGCGCUCGUCUCCUCGCAGGCCAUUGGCUGCAACAUCGUCAACAUUGAUGCCCACGAUCUGGCCAAGGGCAAGCCGCAUUUGGUGCUCGGCCUGCUCUGGCAGAUCAUUCGCAUUGGCCUGUUCAGUCAUAUUACCCUGGACAGCUGUCCCGGCCUGGCUGGUCUGCUCUUUGACAAUGAACGGCUCGAGGAUCUGAUGAAAAUGUCGCCAGAGGCCAUAUUGUUGCGCUGGGUGAACCAUCAUCUGGAGCGUGCCGGCAUCUCGAGACGCUGCACCAACUUCCAGUCGGAUAUUGUCGACUCGGAAAUCUACUCGCAUCUGCUUAAGCAAAUCGCCGGCAACGAGGCCGAUGUCAAUCUGGAUGCACUUCGCGAAUCCGAUCUGCAGCAGCGCGCUGAGAUUAUGCUGCAGCAGGCGGCCAAGUUGAAUUGCCGCAGUUUCCUCACGCCACAGGACGUCGUCAAUGGUGUCUACAAGCUGAACUUGGCCUUUGUGGCCAAUCUGUUCAACAACCAUCCCGGCCUGGACAAGCCUGAACAGAUCGAGGGUCUCGAGUCCAUCGAGGAGACGCGCGAGGAGAAGACCUAUCGCAACUGGAUGAACUCCAUGGGCGUGGCGCCGCACGUCAAUUGGCUGUACUCGGAUUUGGCCGAUGGCCUGGUCAUCUUUCAGCUGUUUGAUGUCAUCAAGCCGGGCAUUGUGAACUGGAGUCGCGUCCACAAACGCUUCACGCCGCUGCGCAAGUUCAUGGAGAAGCUGGAGAACUGCAACUAUGCCGUUGAUCUGGGCAAGCAAUUGAAGUUCUCGCUGGUCGGCAUUGCUGGCCAGGAUCUGAACGAUGGCAAUGCCACGCUCACACUCGCUCUGAUCUGGCAGCUGAUGCGCGCCUACACAUUGUCUAUAUUGUCCCGGCUGGCCAACUCGGGCAAUCCCAUCAUUGAGAAGGAGAUUGUCCAGUGGGUGAACACACGCCUCUCCGAUGCCGGCAAGCAGUCGCAUUUGAGGAACUUUAACGAUCCGGCAAUUGCCGACGGCAAGAUAGUAAUUGAUCUGAUCGAUGCCAUCAAGGAGGGCAGCAUUAACUACGAACUGGUGCGUACCAGCGGCACACAGGAGGACAACCUGGCCAAUGCCAAGUAUGCCAUCUCCAUGGCGCGCAAAAUUGGCGCACGUGUCUACGCCUUGCCCGAGGACAUAACCGAGGUCAAGCCCAAGAUGGUGAUGACCGUCUUUGCCUGCAUGAUGGCGCUGGAUUAUGUGCCCAACAUGGACAGUGUCGAUCAGAACAACCACAACAACAGCAAUUGAAUUGUGGCAGCAACAGCAACAACGACGACAACAACUACUCAAUUAUACUUAGACAAAAGGAGUAACAAUUAUAAAAACAACAACAACAAAAUAUUGUAAACAAUACGUACGCCCAUGCAUACACGUGCAUGUGUAUUUGCUAAUUAACUGAAACUAACUUUUAAAUACGUGGCGCAACACAACGACAACAAACAACACCGACAUUAACAAUAGCUGCGCCCCGCAAAUUGUUCUUGUAAACGUUCUUUUAGAAUUUUUUUUUAUUAUUAUUAUUGUAUUAUUUUUUUGCUAUUGUAAUUAAGCGUAAAAAAGUUGAAAACAAAAAAAAAACAAAAACCACACACACAACACCUUUUGUGUUGCAUGUGCUCAUUAUAACCAAUUUUUUUUUGUAAACAAAAAUUUAUUGUUUAACUAUAUAAAGUGAAAACCUUAUUUUAUAAAUAAAGGUUUGGCCCUUUUCUGCUUUAGUUGUAUCUGUUUACGCCGAGAGUUGAACGUGCAAGAAAUUUUGUAACAAAUUUAA